CUCCUCUCUGUCGACUCGCCGCCCUCGGACCGGAUUGUGUGGGUAGGUAUAACGCGAUAGUCAACCUCCGAGGACGCAGGAACUCGUCCGCCAAGGAGAACCGAAUCGACCUCUUGCCGUUCACCGCAAGAUAUCCGGCCCCAAGCUAUCGUUCCUCUGGGCGCCGGCUUCUGCAGUACGUUUUUUUACUCAGACAGAAACGAGGUAUUUUUUACUUCACGCUUGUUGGCCUGCACACGUGCUUUUACGACUUAGUCUUCCUGGCUUGGUACACUAGCGUAGGCAACGAACACUGCCACACGACAUCGAGAGUCUAGAUGUGGCUAUCACCAUCCGAGAUGUCUUCAGAGGAUAUAACGACCCUGGCGUCCGCCGUUUUGCACGAUGAGGACGAGACGACCGUGGAUGACGAGGGCAGCUCGAUCCUCGUCGCAAAAUCAGUGACGAUGGUUUGUCUCUGCCUGGUCAGUAUUUGCAUAGGACUCAUCCCCGUCCAGGUGGCAAGAUGGUUCAAAUGGACAUCGAACGAGAUAAGUCCGAGAUCUGCGAAGAUCAUUGACUGUCUGCUGGGUUUCGGAGGCGGCGUUCUUCUCAGCACAACUUUCCUCCACAUUUUACCGGAGGUUGCCGAAGGGGUUGAAAAACUGGUGGAUAAUGGCUCGCUGCCCUCCCUCUCGGUAUCGUUGGCGGAGCUGCUCAUGUGCUCAGGAUUCUUCCUCAUGUACCUGGUCGAGGAAGUGGUCCACGUAUACCUCGGCAGGGACGACAAGAGGCGGAAAAGGUUAUCGGAGAAUUCAAAGACGAUCAAAGAUGUCAAUAACAGUACCAACGACCUGGUCAUCGAGAACGGAGCUUCUUCCAGUCCGCAACCCCAUCCUGGAUACGGCCAUGGCCACAGCCACAUUCCCCUUCCGGCCGACGACGACGAUGAUUACGUGGUCAGUUCUCUGAGAGGGUUGCUAGUCGUUCUUGGUCUCUCGGUCCACGAACUUUUCGAGGGAUUGGCCAUCGGCUUGUCGAGCACUGCGAGUGACGUCUGGUACCUCUUCGGCGCGGUAGCAGCGCACAAGUUCGUCAUCGCCUUCUGCAUCGGCAUCGAGCUCGUCACGGCAAGGACCCGGUUUCCCCUGAUGAUCGUUUACAUUUGUACUUACGCUGUCGUGUCCCCGAUCGGAGUCGGAAUCGGGAUGAUCAUGACCGGGGGUGAAAGCGCUGCGGACAGCGGACCCGUAGCUGUGAUUCUGCAGGGACUCGCCACAGGGACGCUACUUUACGUUGUGUUCUUUGAAAUCCUGAGGAAGCAGCGUCACGGAAUAAUCCAAUACUUGUCGGUGCUCAUCGGGUUUCUUCUCAUGGUCACGAUCCAGUUUUCAUUGGGCAACGAACACUCGCACUCUCACUAACGAAGUACUAACAACUCGGCAUUAACCUUCGGUGCUACACAGACAAUUAAAAGAGUAGAAUAAACCAAAAAUAAUUUUACACCUGCACCUGAAUCUGCCUGGAUGAACGAGGAGGACGUAAGGACGUCGUGAUCGCCGAUCACAGCUCUGCAAGUGAUGCAGCUCUCUUACAAGGCUCUGUACUGCAUGUUUUGAUCGCCAACGAAAGGCGACGAAAAGUAGGUGAUAGGAUAACAGACUCAUCAUAAGGGAUGAUGCAUGUAAAUAGGAUAGGCUUAAGGACGGACGAUUCAUAUUGGGAGUAGAUAGAAUACCUAUAUAGUAUAAUAAUUGCGUUAGAAUUGAGACGAGGACAAUUCUAUAUUGAUAUUUGUAGAAAUGAAAUUGCUCCAUUUUUUAUACCAUAUAUUAAAUACGAUAUUUUUU